CCAGAGUCGCAGACGGCGAGAGGGCGCGUAAGAGCGCACACACACUCUCCAAGGCGCCUCCCACAGACGCACACAGACACACACACGGGCGCGCGCUCGCGCACACACACACACACACACACACACAGAAGGCACAGUUUCUCACUCUGGAAGAAAGUGUCCGUGUGUAGUGUGUAGUAUUAGCAGUCGGGGUUGCAGCGCUGCAUCGCUGGGUCCUGAUGUCUUCUCCGAGGAAUAGUUAAGCGCUGAGGGGGAAAAAAAAACGGGAGUUCCCGGUUUUACUUUUAUUUAUUUAUUUAUUUUAUACACUAUCAGUUCUGACCUGAUCUGAUCGAUGCAGAACGGCUGCACGGGGACUUUACGCGAGGAUUUAACAUGCUCCGGUUUUAAGAGGAAGUAACACUACAGAUCCACCGCAACUCUGUUGGAAUUACGACUUUUUUUUUUCUGGAAAGAUUCAAAAUGGAACAGAUGAAGACUCGCACCGGAGCCACAGCACUGACCCUCCUCGCGCUCCUGCAUCUUGCGUUUUUGGUCACACCGGCGGCGGCGGUGACGCGCGAUCCUCCCGGUAAGACUCUGAAGUACAAAGUUCUGGAGGAGCAGCGCGUUGGCACCGUGAUCGGCAGGCUGCGGGAGGACGCGGCGGCAGCACUGGCGCGUUUACCGAGCUCGGUGUCGCCGCGCUUUCGCGCUAUGCACGCAGGCGGCAGCGCGCCGCUGAUCGCCGUGCGCGAGGAGGAUGGUGAGAUCAGUGUGGGCUCGCGGAUUGACCGAGAGGCGCUGUGCGGCAGCCACCCGAACUGCACGCUCGAAUUUGAUGUGGUCACUCUGCCCGCUGAGCACCUGCAACUCUUCCGUGUCCAGGUUGAGGUGCUUGAUGUGAAUGACCACCCGCCCCGGUUUGGCCGGUCAGUUGUGCCUGUGGAGAUUUCAGAGAGCGCAGCCGUGGGAACGCGCCUGCCAUUGGACGCCGCUUCAGACCCGGAUGUGGGUGACAACGCGCUGCAUGCAUACUCACUUGAGCGAAAUGGCUUCUUCCGCAUUGAUGUCCGCACUCGUACCGAUGGUGCCCGUUACGCUGACCUGGUUGUUGUACGAGAGCUGGACAGGGAGACCCAGUCGAGCUUCCAACUUCUCCUCAGUGCAGCUGAUUCAGGCUCGCCGCCACGGUCUGGGUCCACACUUCUCAAAAUCAAUGUUCUGGACUCCAAUGACAACAGCCCAGUGUUUGAACAGCAGGCCUAUUCCGUCAGCCUUCCGGAAAACUCUCCACCUGGAACACUGCUGGUGGAUUUGAAUGCCACAGACCCAGAUGAAGGCACCAAUGGCAAGAUCAUCUACUCCUUCAGCAGCCAUGUGUCACUCAAGAUUCUUGAGACAUUCAAGAUUGACCCUGAAAAUGGACAAAUCACUUUAAUCAAGAAGGUAGAUUAUGAGACUACAUCGUCCUACGAGCUUGAUGUCCAAGCGCAGGACAUGGGGCCUAACUCAAUUCCGGGCCACUGCAAGAUCAUUGUUAAAGUGGUGGAUGUAAAUGACAAUAAGCCUAAAAUUAAUAUCAACCUGAUGACGCAGGGGAAGGAGGAGGUGGCCUACAUCUCAGAGGCAGCACCAGUAGACACCUUCAUCGCAUUGGUGCGUGUGGAUGACAGUGACUCUGGUCUGAAUGGAGAAGUGACAUGCAAACUGCAUGGCCACGGCCACUUCCGGCUGCAGAAAACCUAUGAGAACAACUACAUGAUCCUGACCAAUGUGUCUCUAGACCGUGAGAAGCGUUCUGAAUACAGCCUGACGGUGAUCGCAGAAGACAGAGGUUCUCCUAGCCUCUCUACCAUCAAACAUUUCACAGUGCAAGUGCAGGAUGAGAACGACAACCCACCUCGCUUUGAGAAGAGCCGCUAUGAGAUCUUCAAGUCUGAGAACAAUUCACCUGGUGCAUAUCUCACCUCGGUGUCAGCCACUGAUCCAGAUCUGGGCACCAAUGGUCAGGUGACCUACUCUAUCCUGGAAAGCACAGUUCAGGGGAGCUCCAUCUCCACCUAUGUGACCAUCGACCCGUCCAAUGGUGCCGUGUAUGCGCUGAGGAGCUUCGAUCGUGAGGAAGUGGGCCGCUUGGCGUUCACAGUUCAAGCGCAGGAUGGUGGAGGCGGGGCCUCACUCAGUGCCAAUGCCACUGUCAUCCUGACUGUUCUAGAUGAGAAUGACAAUGCGCCAAUCAUUGUGGCACCAGCACUCAGCAACCACACAGCCGAUGUGCCACUUUGGAGGCAGGCCGAACCUGGGCGCUUGGUGACGGCCAUCAAGACCAGCGAUCGGGAUGCAGGAGCCAAUGGAGAAGUGACGUGCUCCAUUGUGGGAGGAAACGAAGAGGGGUUGUUCUUGAUGGAACCGCGAAGGUGCGAGCUCAGGACCAAUGGAAGUGUGGAUUCGUUGGGACGGGAGAGUUUUGACCUAGCUGUGUUGGUUCAGGACCGCGGGGCGUCUACCCGUCUCUCCACUCGUGCCGUUCUUCAUAUCCUGUUACGCGACCACUCCGAGAGUCACAUUGUCCUACCUUCUGAUUCUGGCAGCCAGGCCCCACUUGACCUCUCCAUGAUCAUUAUCAUCUCUCUGGGCGCUAUCUGCGGUGUGCUGCUGCUCGUCAUGGUCUUGUUUGCGACACGCUGCUCUAGAGACCAGAAGGACCCACGCCACUCAUACAACUGCCGUGUGGCAGAGUCCACUUACCAGAACCACCCCAAGAAACCGGCCAGGCAGAUCCACAAGGGUGACAUCACACUGGUGCCCACUGUGAAUGGAACACUGCCUGUGAGGGCACAUCCACGCUCACCUUCAGGGUCUCCGGCACCUGACAGCAGGCACAGCCACCACAGCCGUCAGUCACUCAACAGCCUUGUCACCAUCUCCUCCAAUCAUGUGCCAGAAAACUUCGCUUUGGAGCUUGCUCAUGCCACACCACCUGUGGAGCAAGUCUCACAGCUUCUGUCCAUACUUCAUCAGGGCCAGUACCAACCCAGACCGAGUUUCCGUGGCAACAAAUACACUCGGAGCUACAGGUAUGCGCUGAAUGAGAUGGAUAAGUUCAGCCUGAAGGACAGUGGCCGAGGGGACAGUGAGGCCGGAGACAGUGACUGUGAGAUGGGAAGAGAGUCUCCAUUGCUGGGAGAGGGAUUCGGUGAGGUCUUCACUCCUGAUGGACAGCACCGACCACACCCAGCGAUGAAGCUGUGUACGGAAGAGUGUCGCGUCCUGGGCCAUUCCGAUCAGUGCUGGAUGCCCCCACUGACCUCACAGGCUACAGCCGAUUACCGAAGCAACCUUUACAUUCCAGGUGAGGAUCCUCAGCAGGCUCCCGCCCCUGAAACUACCCAAUCAGGAGAGUCCACCCUGAAGAAGAAAAGCUUCUCUACUUUCGGUAAAGAGAGCGAGGAAGAGGAAGGGCAAGAGGGCGAAGCAGAGAAAGGAGAGGACCUUUGCGGGACCACAUCUCUUCUCUCAGAGAUGAACAGUGUUUUCCAGAGGCUCCUCCCCUCAUCACUGGAUGCCUACACUGAGACCAAUGAGACAGAGAGAGUGCCUGUGGGGACGGGGUCACUUGAACGGAGGAAGGGUCACCUGCCAGGUAAAGCGAAUGCCGCCUCGGCCUAUCAGCAUGGCGUAGCAGCCUGGGCCGCCAACACGCAUUUCCAGAACCCAGGUCACGGCCACGCGCCCGCCAGUCACAUGUCUACCUCACUGGCGGCUCCGCCUCUUGCUGCACCUCUAUCCAUGUCAGCUUCCUGUUCAAAAUGGCUGCCGGCAAUGGAGGAGAUUCCAGAAAACCACGAAGAGGAUGAGCUGGAGUCGGUGCUGCAUGGCAAACGUUGCGAGAGCCGCAGCGAGAUCAUGGACGCCAGCGAGCUUGUCGCAGAGAUUAACAAACUUCUACAGGACGUGCGGCAAAGCUAGAAACAGAUACCGCUGAACAUAAAUUAAACACGCAAUGCGCGAAAAGUGGUAUUUAAAACAAACAAAAAAAAAAUCGGAGACCUGCAAUUGUCCUUAAAGUUGCAUUUCUGACGUCACGUGUUUUGUGAAUGCUAAUUAUCCAAAUGAUGUAUGGAUUUCCUUGUUUUUUUUUGGGGGACACAGUGUACACAAUGUGAGUGUAUUUAUCUUUGUAUUUCAAAAAUACAAUUUGUAGUCUUUAUAUUUAUAAAAAAAAACGCCAUGUACAUAAACGUAAGCAAUCAGAUUUUUAUUUUUAUAUUUUGAACGCAUGUUGAGAAAAUAAUCAAGGCUGACAUGCCAAUGUAAAUAGUCCUAUUUAUGAAAACAAAAAAACACAUUUUUAUGUUAUUGUUACAUAUAUAAUAUAAGUAUAUUGAGAUUAUUGUGUUAUGGGGAGGGAAGCAUGUCGGGGUUUCGUAUUUAUAAUGGUGUAUUCUUGAUGUAUUGUGUCAAGCUCGGUUUAUGUUAAAAUAAAAAGAAGUUGGACCUGU